AGCGGUCCGGAUGCUGCAGCACCUAUGCCGUGAUAGUGAAUUGUUUAUUGUGUAUCAAUUUUUUUUUUUUUUAAUACUCUCUCAUACCUAUGUACCUAUUCCGUUACUUAGUUUACCCCGCAUACUUCAGGUAUUUUGAGUCUGAAAUACACUAUGGCGUUGUGCGUAGCUGUUGUUAGCAAAGAGAAUGCGCCUAAAUAUGUAGCUUCAUUAAAUCCAGCAGAUGAACUACAAAUCCAAUAUGAAAUACAUUCAUCAAUUGAUUUUGUCGAAGAAAAACUAAAAACUGGUAAAAAAGAUAUGCGGGAACUGUACUUAGGACAAUUGUACUCUACAGAAGAUCAUAAAGUAUAUGGAUAUGUAACAAAUACUAAAGUAAAAUUCUUUGUUGUAAUAGAUUCUAGCAACUUAUUAUUGAGAGAUAAUGAAAUACGUUUUAUGUUUCGAAAAUUACAUACAGCUUAUACAGAAUUAAUGUGCAAUCCAUUUUACAUUCCUGGUGAUUAUAUAACAUCUGAGAAUUUUGACAAAGUUGCUAGAGGUAUUCUCACUGGAAACUCAUAACUUUUUUAUUUAUUUUCAAUUAUUAUUUUAUUAUUAUUUUUAUUUUUAAUUUAUAUUUUGUUUUU